GAUAUUGACGUGUUGAGUUUGCUGAACAUUAGCAGUCCUCCGACGUCUUUCCCGGCUUUGGCCAAAAACUUUAUCUUCCAUAUUCCAGCCUAUGACGUGCAGACAAUGGAAAAGGGUGUUUCCCGGCUUUGUCAUGAACUCCUUUCUGCGGACAUCCCCCUACCUCUCAUUCAAGGAAGGCAUUUUGGCAGUUGCUGGCCUUAACGAUAAUUUGAGCUGUCAAAGCCAGGUAGAAAGUAUGAAGUGUCCUAAAUGCGGGAUUGAAGGGGGCGGGAAGUUUUGCCAGGAAUGUGGGACUAAACUAUCUCCGAAAGCAAAGGUGGUUCUGUGCCCUGGAAAAGAUGACAGUGGUAAUUCGUGUAAAACCGAAAUAUCGUCUGAGCAGAAAUUUUGUAAAAACUGCGGACAUCCAGUUGAUCUAGAUUGGUUUUGGUCUGGUAAAUGUGAAAAAUGUGGAGCAACGUGUCCAGAGUGGCAGAAUCGUUGUGCAACAUGUAGUACGGCACAGACAUCAGCUGCGACCGGUACGGAAGUGAAGCAGACUUCUCAAGCAGAGACUCCGCCAGUUUUAGACUCUGUGACUCACAAUCCACCAAAUGAAACCAAAACUGGUGGUGAAAUGAAAGAAACAAUUGUUACUCUUUUUGUGGAAGAAGGCUUUAGCAAACCACAACAACAAACCAUGGAAUUCAUACACUAUUCUGAGACAAUUAAUCAAGAACACCGACAUAAAGAUUCACAACCCAAACCUGGAAUAUCCACAUAUACCACAGAGAAAAAUCCCUUAGAAAAAAACAAAGAACAUCCAAAUCCUAAUAUCAUUAACCAAACAACUUCUAUUGAGAAAACUGAAGUUGACAUUCCUACACCAGCAGGUGUUUCAGAAACAGUUCCAGAAAACGCCAUUUCAUCAAGCAAACAUCAGGAAGCAAAAUCAUCCAAAAUGGCUACUGAAACUUCAGAUGCGGAAAAGGUGGCCACAAAGGAUGAAAGAACUUAAAAGAAAAAACAAAAAGGUCAAGGCUACAAGAAUAUCAAAGAAAAACGGUUGUAUAAAUGCUUUAAUCAUAUUA